AUGGUCCCAGCUAUCCGCAUCCCCGCUUCGGCGGCCACAAGAGCACGUAACCUGCUACGCACAGUCCAAUACACUCAUCCUCCUUCCUGUCCCUGCCACUCAAAUCCAAACCAUCACCAUCAUAAUCCCCGAUCUCCUACUCUGGCCGAUCAUGUCCGACGACACAUGGCAACCCCGACGGACCCGUCGCGAGAAAAAGAAUAUGCUUUCGAAAUGGCUGCCUCAAGCAUUCGAUUUGGUCCCGGUUCCACCAAGGAGGUUGGUAUGGACUUUGCGAACAUGAAGGCGAAGCGUGUCUGCGUUGUUACGGAUAGCAACGUUGCGAAGUUAGACGCCAUGAAGCAGGCCAUUGAGGGUCUAACCCGCGAAGGUAUCGAAUUCACAGUCUUCGACAAGGUUCGAGUCGAACCCAAGGACAGCUCAAUCAAAGAAGCAAUUGCUUUUGCCAAACCUUACCAACCCGACGCCUUCCUCGCAGUGGGUGGCGGAUCGGUCAUCGAUACCGCGAAGCUCAUGAACCUCUACACCGCAUACCCGGAAGCCGACUUCCUCGACUUCGUUAAUGCACCACUUGGCAAGGGUCUUCCUGUCGAAAGGGCACUAAGACCUCUCGUCGCUGUACCCACCACAGCUGGUACGGGCUCAGAAACCACCGGAACUGCAAUCUUUGAUCUCGUUUCGAAGCGCGCCAAAACCGGAAUUGCCCACCGUAACCUCAAGCCUACACUAGGAAUUUGUGAUCCUAUUAACACAAGGACCAUGCCAUCCGCCGUGCACGCUGCUUCAGGCCUUGACGUCCUCUGCCACUCCCUCGAAUCAUGGACCGCAAUCCCCUACAACGAACGCACCCCGCGCCCCACAAACCCCAUAAACCGCCCCGCAUAUCAAGGCGCAAACCCCAUCUCCGAUAUCUUCUCCCUCCAGGCCCUUCGCGACACAGUCAAGUACCUUCCUCGCGCGGUCAAGGACCCCGAUGACUUCGAGGCCCAGUCCAAAAUGCUUCUCGCUGCUACAUUAGCCGGUGUCGGGUUCGGAAACGCUGGUGUUCAUCUCUGCCACGGCAUGUCAUACCCGAUUUCCAGCCAAAACCCAGGCUACAAACAUGCCGGCUACGAUGUCGACUACCCUAUCAUCCCUCACGGUGUCUCCGUCGCUGUAACCGCUCCUGCGGUGUUCCGGUUUACCGCAGCCUCGAACCCAGAUCGCCACUUGGCGGCUGCGGAGGCCUUCGGUGUUGAUAUCACGAAUGUUAAGCGUGAAAGUGCCGGUGAGGUACUCGGUGAAGCACUUUCCAGAUUCCUCUCGGACCUUGGUGAUCAGCCUCUAGGUCUGAGGAACCUGGGCUUCAAGUCCGCGGAUAUUGAGGGCUUGGUUGAGGGCACUCUCCCUCAGAAGCGAGUGCUAAUGCUGGCCCCCAACCUUAACAGCGAGAUAGAGGCUGAAAAGGAUGAGCUGAGAGGCUUAUUGGAGGAGUCUUUGACAUACUAA